AAACAGGAAAGGGAGGAGGGGGGAGAGAGGCUCUGGGCUGCUGCCGCUGCUGUGUGGGUUUCUUUACACUCCCUGCUGCCACCCGCCAGCCCGGGAAAGUGGGUUACAGAGGGAAGGAGCUCAACUCAGACAGACACUGGCAAAGGAGCAUCCAGCCCCGAAUAGACUGGAGAACACCCUCCGUUGGCAGCCUUCUCUUCAUCUUUUUCUAGAGGGUUUUAUAUUUGUACUCUCUCUCUUUUGAAAUUGUGUUCCUUUGACUUUCACCCCCUUUGCUUGGGUUUUAUGAGUGCUUUGUUAAGUCUUAGAGGGAAAAGAGACUGAGCGAGGGAGAGGGACAGAGAGAGGCAAAGUGGAAAGGACCACAAACUGGCUGAGCCGUUCUGCCUUUGCUGUUGACGAAAGCCCUCCGUUGGUGAAGCCCCCGCGGCUCAGCAGCGCGCACACCCUCCAGAGUCCAGGACCCUCACCUCGCGUGGCCACCAUGGUCGGCAGAGUUCAGCCUGAUCGGAAACAGUUGCCGCUGGUCCUACUGAGAUUGCUCUGCCUUCUUCCCACAGGACUGCCUGUUCGCAGCGUGGAUUUUAAUCGAGGCACGGACAACAUCACAGUGAGGCAGGGGGACACGGCCAUCCUCAGGUGCAUUGUAGAAGACAAGAACUCAAAAGUGGCCUGGCUGAACCGUUCUGGCAUCAUUUUUGCUGGGCAUGACAAGUGGUCUCUGGACCCCCGGGUGGAGCUGGAGAAACGCCAUUCUCUGGAAUACAGUCUUCGAAUCCAGAAGGUGGAUGUCUAUGAUGAGGGUUCCUACACUUGCUCGGUUCAGACACAGCAUGAGCCCAAGACCUCCCAAGUUUACUUGAUCGUGCAAGUUCCACCAAAGAUCUCCAACAUCUCCUCGGAUGUCACUGUGAAUGAGGGCAGCAAUGUGACCCUGGUCUGCAUGGCCAAUGGCCGUCCUGAACCUGUUAUCACCUGGAGACACCUUACACCAACUGGAAGAGAAUUUGAAGGAGAAGAAGAAUAUCUGGAGAUCCUCGGCAUCACCAGGGAGCAGUCAGGCAAAUAUGAGUGCAAAGCAGCCAAUGAGGUCUCCUCGGCGGAUGUCAAACAAGUCAAGGUCACUGUGAACUAUCCUCCCACUAUCACGGAAUCCAAGAGCAACGAAGCCACCACAGGGCGACAAGCUUCACUCAAAUGUGAGGCCUCCGCGGUGCCUGCCCCUGACUUUGAGUGGUACCGGGAUGACACCAGGAUAAACAGUGCCAAUGGCCUUGAGAUUAAGAGCACGGAGGGCCAGUCCUCCCUGACAGUGACCAACGUCACUGAGGAGCAUUAUGGCAACUAUACCUGCGUGGCUGCCAACAAGCUGGGGGUCACCAAUGCCAGCCUAGUCCUUUUCAAGCGUGUUUUACCCACAAUCCCCUACCCCAUUCAAGAAAUUGGCACGACCAUGCACUUCAAGCAAAAAGGACCUGGGUCGGCGAGAGGAAUAAAUGGAUCCAUCAGUCUGGCCGUACCACUGUGGCUGCUGGCAGCAUCUCUGCUCUGCCUUCUCAGCAAAUGUUAAUAGAAUAAAAAUUUUAAAAUAAUUUUAAAAAAACACACAAAAUAUGCGUCACACAGGAUACAGAGAGAGAGAGUGAGAUGGGGGGAGACUGUUUAUUUCACAACUUUGUGUGUUUAUAAAUAAAGGGGGAAGUAAGAAAAAGGAAGAAGACAAUACAACAUUUAAAACAAUUCUCAAGUCCAUCAAUAACCAUUUGAGUAUGAUUCAGGGUGGGAAAAGUUCUAUUAGGCUAUGUGUAUGUCUAAGCAGAUAUAUGCUGUGUGAAGACCCAUCAUGCUAAGGACAUCCAGGUGUAAAACUAGGACAAGUGAAGAAGUACCAGAUGGAUAUUAACUCCCCCACACACUUGAUCCUUCCUUCAUCUUUUUUCAUCGUGAGGGGAAAAGAAACAAGGUCUUGCCUUUGUGUGUAUAUUGCCAUCAACUUUUUCCUCUGUUUUCAUUUGAGCUGACUUAUAACCAUUUGAGACUAUCAGUGGUAUCCAAGCGGAGUCCUGUGUUGAGCCUUUCUCUGGCUUUCUGCCUCCACUAUCAGCAACUUUUAAGAACAUCUCCUCCCACUCCAGUGUGUUCUAUCUCCCCACAUUCAUCCCAGAUACCCCCUUUUUUAUCUCCACCCCCCACACACUUCUCUUCACUCCCACCACCCUGAGCACUAGUCAUGCCGCAAACGCUAGGAAGUGCCAUUUUAAUUUUCUCUGCUGUGCGUGCGUGCUCGCGUCUCUCGCUCUCACGUGGGUGUACAUGUGUGUGCGUGUGUGUGUCUCUCUCAAGCAUGCCAAGGGAAUGGUCCAUGUGUACAUAGACUUCGUGCUGUAGAUACUGUCCUGCAUUUGUAAUUGUGAGACGCAGCUGUGACACAUUGCUGGGGGCAGGGUGGGGAAGGAGGCCAGGAGGAGGGCCCUUCCCCAUCCAUGGCUGUCACCCAACAUCGGUGUGUGUUCACACCAUGCUAUGCCCCUCCUAAGGGCAGAACCUCAUCUUUCUCCUAGUCCAAUCAUCAGAACCCAGUCAGGAGUCACUCAGAGUAUCACUGUCAAUGAAAGUGCCUACUAGUGAUGGGGUGAGCAAACAGUAGAGAAAAUCGGUGAUGUGGAUGAGGAGAGCUAGGAGAAAAGGUUUCUGAUUUCACUCUUGUUCCGUGAGUCUGAGGGAUUCAUAGGUUUGCUGGCUUGUUGCAGGCUGGGUCCUGCUCUGCUGCAGGGUGAGCAGCAUGUGCUGAGUAAAUCCCCAGAUGCAGGAAGGUCUCCCAGUGUUAACUCCCAAUGGAAGAGGAGGAGCCAUGUGGAGAUCCUAAGCAACCCUGUUUUGCUCCCUCCCUAAUUUUCCAAUAACACUGCAUUCGCCCAUAGAUUCCUCUGAGCAGAGAUUGUUUCCUAUUUCAGACAGGAUAUGUGAGAGUGAGUGAAGCAGGAAAAGUGAGCAGGGGCUCAGAUCCUUACUCGAAUUGUAGAGAUGCUGACAGAACUCAAUACAAUGCAUUGACCAUGACAAAAAGGAAUCAACUCCUGUGCUCCUUUGCAGACUUUUGUCCUGGUUUUCUAGGCUAAGACUUUAUUUGGUUGCCCACAUUAUCUCGCUCCUGUUCCACUGCUGGUGUCUGCAGCAACAUUGGUCAUAGUAGUCCAUCUUUAUCCCAGGCCAGGCCACUAGGAAUGAAAUUAUAUUCCAAUUUCCCUGCUCACUUUUGGCUUCUAGUCUCCUGAAAAAGAUGCAGUGGGGAAUAUGCUGUUUAAGGCCACAUCAUCAGACAAGCAUCAUCUUGUCAUUAACACUGAAAUGAGAGUUAGUGUCUUAACCAAAAGAGCCGGGAAGCUUGUAAUAAUUUACACAGAAAUUGUAUGAUUAACACAAAGCUUGGCAUCAUCACAACAUCAGAAGGAUUUUCUUAGGAAAGGCCUUGCAGAGAGCUGGCUCUAUGUGUGUAGAUAGCUUUGUCAGGAAACCAACCCUAGAGGAGACAUUGGAAGUGACUGAGUUUAUAAAAGGACAGAGGAUUAUUAUUGAGGUCAUAAUUGACAGUAUUUUAGCAGAGCCAGACAUGGUACCUCACCAAGUUUUGAAACCUGAAAAAUAGCUGCCAUGUGAUAUAAAACAGGAAACUUCAGAACUGCAAAUCAAUAAAGGAAGUGAGGAAGAAAGGAAAGGAGGGAAGGAGGAAGGAAGGAAGGAAGGAAGGAAGGAAGGAAGGAAGGAAGGAAGGAAGGAAGGAAGGAAGGAAGGGAAGGAAAAUUUCUCUUGAUAGAUUUUAUUAAUUGAAGGCUUUUUGUGAUAAGUCUGUGAACAUAACAAUUGCCUUGAUAGGCAGUAUUUUUCAUCUCUUCUGAGAGAUUUUAUUCUAUUUUAGAAGUUUUUCACCAUCCUUUUAUGAUUUUGCAGUUUAGACAUGAAAUUGAAGAACAAAUUGGGCUUAGGGAUCUGUGAGAGUGUUUGUGGCAAAUCCUGCUGUAAGACAGGUAACUACUAAAAUACAGGGGAGGUUGCCAUGUUCCUAUGCAGCAUCAACUUACUGACAAUCAGAGGUUUCUCUACAGCUUGGUCUUCUUAGUACAGGAUUGAAAGUUUAUCAUCCUUGAUAAAUGUUCCCCAUAUAUAUGAAGAGCCAGCCAUAUCCUUAAGUGGAAGCUUCAGAGAAGUACAUGCUAAUUUAAAGAUAUAUAAGAUGCGAAGAGUAACAGGACUUAAUUCAGUUUAGUGUCAGUUUCAGGAACAGAUCCCAGUGGCAUGUCACAGAUUUUAAUCAUACACCUAGAUUUCUUUUCGUCCCCACCCUAUCAUAAAGACAAGGUCUUGGUUUUAUGGAAGGAGAUAUUCCAUUGAAAGGAAUGUCUUUGCCAUGUUGGCACCAUUUGUUCCUGAGUUUUAAUAUGAACCAUAUAUUAAACAUAAUUAAACAUAUACUGGAUAUUGUAGUGUUUGCAUAUAUUUCUGGCAAGAGCUGGGGAUUUAAAAAAUUCAGCCUGGCUCCUGUUUCAGAGCAAACAGUGACCCCAGAAAUCUCAUAGGUAUGAGAAUGUCUCUAAGCAAUGUGAAGAAUGCAGAAUACAGAUUAGAGAAAAAUCAGAAAAAACAGGUAGGAGCCAUCAGACUGUCACCAUGAAAUUGAGUUUGAACAUGGGACUUUUGAAAUUUAGUUCAUCAGCUUAUCAUAUUGCUAUAUAAAUCCCCUCAAGAAUCUUGUCCAUUGGUAAUCAAAGCUUAAACCCUAAACUAAAAAUAACCAACUUGUUAGUAUCAGUACUCUGAGAGGAGUGAAGUGCAUCAAUUAAUCUGAAUGGCUAAUAGAUUUAAUGUUCUUUGUAUGCAAAAUGCACCUCACCAUUCAUAAAACAAAAUCCUUAGACUUGAUUUCCUGUUAAAAAAGCAGAAAUACCCUUGAUCCAGGGCACUUCUUGAAGAAUGAGAACUAAUCCUAGGUUUUACAACUGCAGAAAUACAUCCUCUGGACAAUUGUUCAUCAAAAGGUUUUUGUCUUACUUGUUUUGCCACAUAAUAUCCCUCUACCCUAAAAGAACUGAGGCUGAUGGGAAAGUCAUUGAGUUUUCUGUUGGAAAGAAUCGUCCCAUUGACCUUUGCCUUCUCUUCCAAGUCAGACAGACUUCACCCUUGUCAUGGGCAUUUUUAAAAACUACAUAUUCAGACAACUGGGGCUAUUCAUAGAGACCUUGUAAAAGUACUCGUGAUUUUCAUGUUCUUGGAGGACAGAAACAAAAAUCUGUUUCUCCUCCAAAAAUGGAUUUACCUCCUUUGCACACAAAAACUAAACUCCUCAGCAUGAAAUUGUAUCUGAGUUAUCACCUACUGAGUUGUUAGCUUAUAAACAACUCGAGUCAUAGUUUCCAUCCCCAGAUUGGUUGUGGUUUGACUGUUUCUAUUGGCUUGUCUCCCAGAAUUUCUAUUUUGUUUUUUGCAGGCCUUGAAUUAUUUGUGGAAAAAUAAUAUAUGUGUGUAUGUAUUGCUUUUAACCUUAUCUUUACAAAUGCUAUAUUUACAAUUGUAUGUGUAUUAGAAGACUCUAGAACAAUGGUUUAAACUUAAAAGGAAGAAAAGUACUGAAUUUGGUUUAAAAAAAAAAAGAGCUAUGAUUCAUUUAGAAAGACAUGGAGCCCCAUUUUUUUCAAUUUAUUAUUUUUUGUUUCCAAGCAAUUUGCUUACGAACCAUGUUCCAUGGGAUUAACCAUGGCCUUAUUUUUCUCUUCAUAACCUUUUAGCUUAGAUAUAGUCUAGGUUCUUAAUAACUAUCAUUUUUAUAGAAAUAAAAGUAUAAUGCAAUUACCUGACCCAUAAAAACUACUAUUAUUUUGGGACAAAUGUUAAAUAUAUCAUAAAAUAGUGAGAUAAGAGCCUAAAUUAAGAAAUGCAAAUCAGUUUAGAAAACCUCCUUCUUUCUUUAGUAUUUAAAAUAUUUCUCCUCCAAAGACUGCUUUUGCCCCAGUGAUGUAAAUUCUCCACCAUGGUUGGCAUAAUAUCUGUAAAUGUCUCCCUAAAAUGCAAAAUGAAGUUUACAUUUAUGUGCAUACUAGUGAAAGAGAGGCAAACCAUUCUCAUUUAUAUGUAGCUCUGCUGUCAAAUGUGGCCGACUGAAAUUCAAGAAAGAAUUUUUCACCCAGCAAUGCCUAUUUCUUUCCCCCUGGCCGGGAAGCUGAUGUUAACAUUAGGUUUAGGUUUGAUAUUACACCAGUGCAAAUGUUUGUGGAUAUUAUGGAAAACUUAUUUUAAGAUCUUGAUUUCCUUUCAGCAUAUUUACAUACUGUGUGCUGAUUAAUAAAUUAGGCACCAAUCAUGUGUAAAUCAAUGUAAAUCACUAGUUUAUGUACAUAAUAAAAACUAUGUAAACUUCAGUUUUCAGGCAGGGCUCAAGUUCAGUGAAACCUAUGAAUCUUAGAAAAGAAAAAGAAAAAGAAAAAUAAAUUAAAACCAAAGCAUUUCACAAGUCAGAAUGGGAAGGAGUAUGACUAAUGGCCCAAACUCAAGGUUGCCCCAGCAAAGGAAGCAGACCCACAGGAACUGUUAGGGAUUCAUAUCUUGCUCAUGUCACAGGAAGCCACCUCUUUGUUUCUUCAGGACCAAAGUGGAGUUUCUCCCAACUGUUUCCACAGUUUUCUCACCUGACUCCAAAGCAAGGGAAAUGAUGAGAUAGGGAGGAAGGAGUUUUAAGAGCUCAUAUGUAUCUGAUGCAUCAACUCCCAAAUCUUUUCUUGAUACUUCUUACUUACCAUCUAAAACAUCUUAUUGAAAGAGCUCCAAGGAAGUCACCUACACCUUGAUGCAGAAAAUAUUACUCUGUUUUCAUUUUCCAUCCAUCCAAAUGAAAGCUUCUUUGUCAUCUUAAUCCUAAGAAAUUGUGGAAUAUAAGAAAUAGGUUAGAAUUUUGAGAAAUAUCUUGCUAAAUCAUGCUAGGAAAUAACUACUUUUACUUAAUCCAGUAGACUUAUAUUUCUACAUAUCUAUUCUGAAUAUUGCAAAUCAGGACAAAAUCAUUUUAAUUGGGCGUAUCUCUCUCAGACACAUUCUCUUGGAGUUUUUUGAAAUGUCUGAUAUGUUUAACAGACAUAUAGACUUUUUCUAAAUUCUAAACAACUGAUACAUAAAGAGUCAUAGGAGAGAUGACUUCAAGGACCACAUGAGUUUUCUGAAAGGACUGUUAUAAAAAGAAUUUAGGUCAAAUGAAUAACAUGCUUAAAAUACACUCCUUGACUCAAGAUGCAUGGCAACUCUAAAGUGAAGUGGAAAGUGUACUGGGUUGGGAGUCAGGAGAAUUGGGUUCUAGCCCUGGAUCUGACCACAAACAAGCUAUGUGACCCUAAGCAAGUCAUUUAAUCUUCCUGACUCUUGGUUUUCUCUUCCUGAAAGUGAGGAAUUUUCAUGACAUCUCUAGAACCUCUGUCAACUCUAAGCUCUCUGAUUCUAAAUAAGAAUGUGAUGCUUUUGUUAGUGCUGUGCCCAGUGAAUCAUUCCAAGCAGCUAUUUGUCAGCUCUAGUUUGAUCUGUGGACUAUCUUCUCUUCUCAGAACCAUCAUUCCAACAACUCCAUUUCUAAAGCCAAAUCUUCCUAGAAUAUAGAUAGGAUCCCUGGCCUGGUUCUGUAAUUCUCUUCUGAUCAAAACUUCUUAGCAAUGUUGAAAAGGGACAUAUUCAGACUAAACUGAAGGCACUGAAAUAGCUAGAGAUGUUUCCUUAUUUAUCAUAACAUCUAACUGUUGAAUUAUAUUGUAAUAACCUUUCAUAGGAAGGAAAACAACCAGAUUGUGGAUUGUGCACGUCACAAGUGAGGAAGUUGUGCAUAGGGAAGGAAACAUCAGUUUUCUCUCAUCCUGGGCCAAGUGCCUCCCUGUGGUCAAUGUAUGUCCUUGAAAAUACUUUGCUUGUGCUGAUGACAGUAAGCAUGUGGUUCAAAAGGCAGUUCUGUGAGAAACGGGCAAGAUAAUAUAUUUUGUUUGGGAAGGAAUUUUGUACGGCAUAAGUUUCCCUAAACUUGAAUUAUAGGCUAUGAGGUCAAGCAAGUAGAUGGAAAGAAAACAAACCUCAUUUUCAGAAAGUGCAAGUUGAUACCAUCUAAAGAAAAGUUAAAAAUAAACACUUUUUAGGAGGUUACAGAGCUGAAUAUUUGAGAGUUGUUGUGAGGGCCAAAAACCAAAAGUGAAGUUAAGUUCUCUGAGAAGAGGGUAAGCAGAAAGGAUGGUUUCUUCCGUGGUGAAUGAAGAAUUACUUGUGCCAUGUUCUGGAUGGGUUGAGCAAAGACCCACUUGUCUUGACCCCUCAAAGUAUAGCUCUACACCAUCCUAGAGGCUCAAUUCAGCAUCUGUCCAAUGGAAGCUUUCUAUGCAUUGCCUAAGAGAACAGAAAGAAUCAGAGUCUUCUGUACACUGAAGAGGAGGGAUUACACAAAACUUCCAGCAUCACUAUCACUAUAUGUAGCUGAGGGAACACCAUUACUUAGGUACUUCCAGAGCUCUCCUUGAGUGCGGGGAUGGCCUGCCCUCAGGACAGCUCCCCGUUGCCAUGGGCAUUUCAGAGGUGCCUCUCUCUGAGUGGUGCUCCUCCAUCUGCUCCUGCAGCUGCAUUCUUCUCUGCACAAGCCCUCUCUAUGUAAAGCCAGGCACAGUGUUCAAAUCUGCUUCUUGCAAAUGAAAACACCUGGAACUGCUAGCUUCCUGGCACGCGGAAGUAAUUCUAAGCUACCUGGGGCCUUUUUGAACCCACUUCCCCAAGUCUUUGCUCUUCACCAGAGAAUAUCAGUGGUUCAUCCUGGUGAAUGAUGGCCAAGCUCUGCCACCCAAGUAUUUACUGGGAGUGGGGGAAGGUGGAAGGCAGAAAAUUACAGGGGGAGAGAAGCAUGGGAGAAAACCUCCAACUCCCUCCCGCCACCCCCAGUGCUUCACCCCUUCCUCCUCACUGCUGUACUGAAUGGUGUAUAAAUCCUGCUCUUGGUUAGAAUUCUCCUUAUUAACAGUGUUAUAUACAUAUAAAUAUAUAUAAAUAUAUAAAUAUAUUCCUUUUUUCAGCCCUGUAGACAUAAACAGAUCUUUCCUUGAUAUAAACACAUGGCCAUUUUUCUGUUGUUUGUUGUGUUUCUUUUGGUUGUUCAAGGUUUUUAAUUUUUGUUUAUUGGGUGGGUUUCCCCUCCCCUGGAUACUAGCUCUGUGAAGGAACAUAAAAAGCGCAGUGUGUGUAAAAAAAAAUUAAAAUUAAAAAAAGCUUUUUUCUUUACUUUUUCAAUGUAUUUAAAUUCUGUUUCUCUCUUCUGUUACUUUACAUGUAUGAAUGCUCUGCUCUUCUGUGAUCUUAAAACAAAAUGAAAUAAACAUGAAAAGGAGAUGUGUCUUCA